UCGAGUUACCAAAAAAAAAUACUUCACAUUGUUCAUCCUCUGCCUUCUUAUCUCUUCUUUCUUCUUCUAGACCCAACAAGAUCUUAAACUAGGAACUCGAGCUUAUACCAGUCUUCAAUCGAUAUCUGUUCUUCUGAAGAAAAAUAUCAUUUAAUUGAGAUGAGAUCAAGAGACUGCGAUGAAAAGGAGAUUCAAGCAAAGCAAGAAGGAGAUCAUAAUGAAAAUAAUAAUCAUCAAGUAAACUUAAACAACAUAUUGCAGCAGCAGAAUCAGCCUAGUUCGUUAUCAUCAUCGAGGCAAUGGACCUCAGCUUUUAAAAAUCCAAGAAUUGUUCGAGUCUCUAGAACGUUCGGUGGCAAAGAUAGACACAGCAAAGUCUGCACAGUCCGUGGCCUUAGAGACCGGAGAAUAAGGUUGUCCGUUCCAACAGCAAUUCAACUUUACGACCUUCAAGAUCGAUUAGGGCUGAGUCAGCCAAGCAAAGUCGUUGAUUGGCUACUCGAAGCAGCAAAAGAUGACGUCGACAAGCUUCCUCCAUUACAAUUCCCACAUGGCUUUAACCAAAUGUAUCCAAAUCUUUUCUUUGGAAACUCAGGAAUAGGAGAAUCAUCAUCAUCAACAUCAGCGUUUCCAGGUACUAAUCUUGGGUUCUUGGAGAGUUAUGAUCUUGGUGGCUCUUCUUCAAGAACAAGAUCAAGAAUCCAAGAAACACCUAGAGAGAGUUUCAAUCUUGAUAAAGGGAAAUGGAUCAAGAACGAUGAGAACGCUGACCAUCAUCAAGAUCAUGGGUUCGAUGCCAGUCAUCAACAUUUCUCUCUCACCAAUCCUUACAACAACAGCAAUGCUUCCUCUUAUUACAACCUUGGACAUCUUCAACACUCGUUAGACCAGUCCGGUAAUAACGUUACUGUCGCAAUAUCCAAUGUUCCUAGUAAUAAUAACAACAAUAAUCUCAAUUUGCCUCCACCGUCGUCUGCUGGAGAUGGAUCUCAGCUCUUUUUUGGUCCUCCUCCUCCGGCAAUGAGCUCUCUAUUUCCUACGUAUCCAUCGUUCCUUGGAGCUUCUCAUCAUCAACAUCAUCAUGUCGUUGAUGGAGCAGGAAACCUUCAGCUCUUUAGCUCCAAUGCUAACACAGCGUCGCAGCAACAGAUGAUGACGGGUAACUCUAGUUUGAUUAGACCGUUUCAUCAUUUGAUGAGCUCGAAUCAUGAUACGGAUCGCCAUAGUAGUGAUGACAAUGAUUCAGAUUCGUGAAAUAUUCAUAUAUCUAUACUAUACAUACAUAUGUUAUAUGCAUACGUACGUAUUCUUCUAUAUUUUAUAUUUAGAUGAUCAGUCUUGGACUUGGUUUUGGUUUUUAUAAAUUCAUCUUUUAUGUAUAUAUUGAGUUUUAAUAAUCUGAUGAUCAGUCUUGGACUUGGAUUCGAAUAAAGAUAUUCGUAAUGCGAGGUUGGUGUUUUAUGCUUAUAUAUAUUUGGUGCUUGUAUUUAUAUAAUUUAAUUUUCGAUGUCU